GGCUUUUAUUUUGACAUUUGUAAGACUGCAUGACGGAAGUGCGUGUCGUUAGUUCUAUCGUUCCUUUCAAUGGCUUUAUGAGACGAAUUGGAAAACGUGAAUAUAAUCUGCUUUGUUUUAUUAUUCGACUGCGGAAGCGAUGUUUUUGCUGCUGUUCCAAACUCAAAGAAUAAAAAGCAUAUCGCCUUUUAUGGCUCCUUUUGUUUUAAGGAUGCCUCGCUUAUCGUAUCUGCUAAUUUGCUGAAAUGUUCUAUUGUUUUCGUUAAUGAAAAUUUCUGUCAAACAUGUCACCUUCAAACAAUUGUGAAAAUCAAGACGUGUGGACAGUUGUACAGUUUGCAACGUUCACGCGACUGCUUUCCCUUUUAUUACAGGCUGUGCUGAAUGCAGUGAUUCCAGACCAUGUGGCAGAUGCCUUUAGCCCUCCGCGAUCAGAGACCCCUCUCCUGCUUGACCCUGCCAUCGAAGCAUUAUUUGGUGGCCUUAGUCACUGGGAUGCAGAGCAUUUUCUCUUCAUUGCAGAACGUGGAUACAUAUAUGAACACAACUUUGCAUUCUUUCCUCUAUUUCCUCUCAUCUUGCGAUUACUAGCAGCCACUGCGCUCUGGCCCUUGUGUGGAUUUCUCACAAUGCAUGGCCGAUUACUUUUAGCUGUGGCUAUAGGGAAUAGCAUUCUCUUUGUCAUAAGUGCCAUGGCACUAUACAAACUGAGUCGUUUGGUGGUGCAGGACAGAAAACUUGCCCUUAUUGCAGUCUUAAUGUACUGUCUGACACCGGCUAAUGUUUUUAUGAUUGCAGGCUAUUCAGAGACUCUCUUUGCAGCUCUCACCUUUGCAGGCCUCUGGUUACUAGAGAAAAGAUUCACAAUAGGAGCUUGUCUUCUCCUGGGGUUUGCUACAGGUGCUCGUGCCAACGGGCUCGUGAAUGCUGGAUUUUUGCUGUAUCUCUCCUUGCAAUGUGGUUUUGCCCGUACCCGGGCCUUUAGCAAAGGAGAAGGGAGUGUUCGAUAUCGUCACUAUGUCUGGGAGCUUAUUCGUUUUGUGCUCACAGGAGCAUUUUAUGCAGCUGUCGUAGCGCUACCUUUUUGUCUGUUUCAGUUUUAUGGUUGUCAAACGUUUUGCCAUCCAUCUGCUACUCAAGUUCCCCCUGCUCUGCUUAAUUUGGCCCGGGAAAAAGGAUAUCGCGUGGCUAAUGCAGCAUCUCCAACACCAAGAUGGUGCCAGUGGCAAAUUCCACUUUUGUAUUCGUACAUACAGGAUGCUUAUUGGGAUGUGGGCUUCCUUCGAUACUUUCGAUGGAAGCAGAUACCCAACUUUAUUUUGGCACUGCCUGUUGCAACUCUGGGAUUCAUCGCCUCAUAUAUGUACAUAAUGGCUAACCCAGUGUUUUGUAUGUAUUUGGGGUUGGGAGACAAAGGAAAAGACAGAAAAACGCAUGGCUUCUAUAAUCCAAAAGUCUUUGUUUACAUUGUGCACAGUUCUGUCCUUCUUCUGUUUGGAAUUUUCUGUAUGCAUGUGCAGGUGUUGACACGGUUUCUUGCAUCCUCUUCACCUGUGCUCUACUGGAUCAGUGGCCAUCUGCUUUUUCAGUAUGAACCUCUGCUGCAAGAUGAAAGGCUGUUCAGACCUGACCAAAUACAACAGCAAAAGGAUCACAAACCUGGCUUAAGAUGUGCUGUGGGAAUGUGCAGAAAUAAUCAAGUCCUUUACCUCUUGAUGCACUGGCAGACUUGCUCAGUUUAUACACGGUGCAUCAUGGGAUAUUUCAUAUCAUAUUGGUUUUUAGGUCUGGCUCUGCAUUGUAACUUCCUUCCCUGGACUUAACUUUACAGGAAGAAAUUGAAGAGCUUGUUUCAGUUUUCAUAAUGUUCAUCUGCCCUUUUAAAUAACAUUAAUGCUGCUUGGCAAAUAUUGAUGUAAUUAAAGGAUUUUUUUUUUUUUUUUUUUUUAAAAGAUGGUUUCUGGUGUUCCCUAAAAGGCUAAUAUAUAUUUUUGUAUUGGAUAAGUAUUUAAUAAAUAUCCUUAUUGGACCAUUUACAAA